GGCUUUGGAGCGGCUGGCCAGCCUCGUCGCUCUCCAUCAUCCUAUGCUCGUAACAGGCGAGAGUGCACGGGAACGGGAUAGAGGCUCAUACUAACGGAUUGAUCUGAAUAUUUUCAAGAUAUUGGACGGAACUGAUUUAGGGUCAACGGCAUGGUCGAGCGAACAGCAUUUCUGUUGUUAUGGGUGGCAACCUUGACGCUGACAUCGGAGCAGCGGAGGAUACGGGUGAGGCUAAAAUCAGGAGUGAAAAUAACGGAAUUCAGACCAAGGGUGCCAUCUGAUGACUCAGUGGCUCUGCUAGCGGAGCCCCAGGUAGCCAUGUUCUGUGGGAAGCUCAACAUGCACGUCAACGUCCAGAGUGGCAAGUGGGAGCCAGACCCCUCCGGCACCAAGAGCUGCAUCGGAACCAAGGAGGGCAUCCUGCAGUACUGCCAGGAGGUGUACCCUGAGCUCCAGAGCACAAACGUGGUGGAGGCCAAUCAGCCAGUCAGCAUCCAGAACUGGUGCAAGAAGGGACGCAAGCAGUGUCGCAGUCACACACACAUCGUGGUGCCCUACCGCUGCCUGGUUGGGGAGUUUGUGAGUGAUGCGUUGCUGGUUCCUGAUAAGUGCAAGUUCCUGCACCAGGAGAGAAUGGACAUGUGUGAGAGGCACCUGCACUGGCACACCGUGGCUAAAGAGUCCUGUGGAGACCGCACCAUGAAUCUCCAUGACUACGGCAUGCUGUUGCCAUGUGGCAUCGACCGUUUCCGAGGGGUGGAGUUUUUGUGUUGCCCGGCAGACACGCAUCGCGAGUCAGAGAGCGUCGAGCUGACUGAGUCUGACGUGUGGUGGGGCGGAGCCGAGACUGAAUACACCGAUAACGGCAUGCUUCACCAGGCGGAUCACGGGGCUGCCACCACUGAGGAUGAUGAGGAUGCCUUCGAUAGGGACGAGGACGGUGACGGUGAUGAGGAUGAAGAUGAUGUGACUGACAAACGGGACAGUGGUGAACGCACCUCCAACAUCGCCAUGACAACUACCACCACGACCACCACCGAGUCGGUUGAGGAAGUUGUCAGAGUGCCCACCAUGGCCCCUGCCCCCCCUGACGCAGUCUACCAUUACUUGGAGUCUACUGGAGACGACAACGAACACGCCGACUUCCAGAAGGCCAAGGAGAGUCUGGAGGCCAAGCACCGCGAGAGGAUGUCCCAGGUGAUGAGAGAGUGGGAGGAGGCAGAGAGGCAGGCCAGGAGUCUCCCUCACGCUGACAAGAAGGCUGUCAUUCAGCACUUCCAGGAGAAGGUGGAGGCCCUGGAGCAGGAGGCAGCAGGAGAGAGACAGCAGCUGGUUGAGACCCACAUUGCCUGGGUGGAGGCCCUGCUCAACAGCUGCCGUCGCAUGGCCCUGGAUAACUACCUUAGCGCCCUGCAGGCCAACCCACCCAGGCCUCGUCAGGUGCUGGGCCUUUUGAAGAAGUAUGUCCGUGCAGAGCAGAAGGACAGACAACACACCCUGAAACACUACGAACACGUCCGCAUGGUGGACCCCAAGAAGGCUGCUCAGAUCCGACCCCAGGUGAUGACCCACCUGCGUGUGAUUGACGAGAGGAUGAACCAAUCCCUGGGGCUGCUCUUCAAAGUGCCCAGCAUGGCCAACAAAAUCCAAGACCAAGUUUCAAUCCUGAUGCAGAGGGUUCAGUCAGAGCUGUCUCAGCAAGUCUCAUCUCUGCAGAGUGAUGAGAGGACUGAUGUCAGGGUGAGCUAUGGGAACGAUGCCGUGAUGCCUAACCAGGCCUACAGCUCUGCCCCUCUGGACCCUGGCAUGCGCCUGGACAGACUCGGCUUCACCCACCCAGAGAGUUUCAACCAACCCAACACCGACAACCAUGUGAGUGUUUCCUCAGUUAAAGCAGUUGAGCCUGUUGACGCUCGUCCACUUCCAGAUAGAGGUCUGCCCACUCGGCCUGUCUCUGCUCUGAGGCCUGAGGAGUUCCAUGAGGUGCGGAUGGAGAAAGGAGAGUGGCAAAGCGCCAGCUAUGGACUGCAUCAUCAAAAAUUGGUGUUCUUUGCUGAGGAUGUUGGCUCCAACAAAGGUGCCAUCAUUGGGCUGAUGGUGGGUGGGGUUGUCAUAGCGACAGUCAUCGUCAUCACUCUGAUCAUGCUGAGGAAGAAGCAGUACACCUCCAUCCAUCACGGGGUCAUCGAGGUGGAUGCUGCAGUGACCCCAGAGGAGCGACACCUGUCCAAGAUGCAGCAGAAUGGUUAUGAGAACCCCACCUACAAGUUCUUCGAACAGAUGCAGAACUAAGGAGCUACCCUUUGAUCCCUCACUGACCCUGAACCCUCCUUAACCCCUCACACCAAGGCCCCGUUGCAUUUUGAUCCCUAAACCCUUUUCCUCGCUCCUACUCUUAAUUUCAAUGGAUCUUAAAGGACUGGAUUGGUGAAACCAGUAUGACUGAAGCUCCACGUACAUCUAUUGGGUUAGAAAGAGCCGUGGUCAUAUUACUUAUAGCUACCCAGGGGUGGUGAAGGCAAAAUGGAACCAAGCCACACACUCACCAUCUCUUCCUCGUAGAGUGCAGCACAUCAACAUCCAUAGCUGCCAUUAGUCAGACAAGGGUAUCCUUCUUCACCUACACAUUUUUAGCCAAUCACAGGUGAGAUCCCAUAGCAUUUGUACAGAGUAGAGAAACACAUGGAUUUAUCUGUCCAUGUAUCUGUGGGUUGGCCCUCCCCCACAGUACAGCACUCACAUCUCUAAGAGGGCUAAACAGAGGCCUCAUAUACACCUGUAAUCUUCCUCCCUCUGAAGUACUCUCCUCUCCCCCUCCCUCCAUCUCUCCCACUGCCCCUCUCAGAUGACAGCUGUGCUGUUUUUGGUGAUGAUAUAACAGCUCUUAGUGCUAGUCUACCUUGAGCUCCUCUCUGCAGGAUUAUAUCCCAAGAGUUUCAGGUUUGUUUUUCAGGUAAAACAUAUAUACAAAAAAUAUAUAUAUAUGUCCUCAGAAAUAUGUAAAUGAAGAAAUAUUGAAUGUUUUUAUUUUGUGCAAAAUGUAUUGAAACAAGGCAGAAAAAAGCAGUAACUAUAUGUAGUGCAUGGUGAUAGAUGACAGAUAUACAUAGAGAACCUGUCUCCUGUCGUGGGGACUGGGCCUCACAUGUACACUUAGCAGGAUCGAACAUGUUACUGUCUUCUUUUAUCUUGUGAUAUGAAGAGAAAAAAAGGUUUUCAAAUCUGUUUUUUUUGUUGUCACCGAGACAUGCUUUAAACAGAAUCUGUGCUCUCCUUUGUUUUCUCCCCCCAUGCCUCAUUCUGUCUUAGCUGCAUGGGCUGAAUGCCCUAUAUGUAAUAUAAUAUGAAGUGUAAUAGUAUCUGACAGGAAGUCGAAUGUGUUACUGUUUGCGUUCUAUGCACUCAUUUAGAGUCAGAUGAUUUACUGGUAUUACUGCUCUGUUUAUCGGCACUCCCUGUCUGUUAACUGAUAUUCCAUGUCCAUAGAAUUGUGUUUCAGCUCCAUUCCUCAUUUUAUUCCAGAAAUCUUUCCCAUUCCUAUAUAAUCUGUGAAUAUCUAUGAAAAUAAUUUAUGGAACAGAAAUCAUUUAUAUUUUUCUCAGGCUUUCACUCAUUUUCUUUCUUUCCCUCUGUCCCAUAGACCCCCCCCCGCUCCCCAUCCCUUCUCUAUCACUCCCUCUCUCUGUCCCAUAGACCCACCCCCGCUCCCCAUCCCUUCUCUAUCACUCCCUCUCUCUGUCCCAUAGACCCCCCCCAACAGCCCUACUGUGGUCCUUCUGUAGCACAGUUGGUAGAGCAUGGCGCUUGUAACGCCAGGGUAUUGGGUUCGAUUCCCGGGACCACCCAUACGUAGAAUGUAUGCACACAUGACUGUAAGUCGCUUUGGAUAAAAGCGUCUGCUAAAUGGCAUAUAUAUAUAUACUCCCCAUCCCUUCUCUAUCACUCCCUCUCUCUGUCCCAUAGACCCCCCCCAACAGCCCUCCUCCCCAUCACUCCCUCUCUCUGUCCCAUAGACCCCCACAACAGCCCUGCUCCCCAUCCCUUCUCUAUCACACCCUCUCUCUGUCCCAUAGACCCCCCCAACAGCCCUGCUCCCCAUCCCUUCUCUAUCCCUCCCUCUCUCUGUCCCAUAGACCCCCCCCCCAACAGCCCUGCUCCCCAUCCCGUCUCUACCACUCCCUCUCUCUGUCCCAUAGACCCCCCCCCAACAGCUCUGCUCCCCAUCCCUUCUCUAUCACUCCCUCUCUCUGUCCCAUAGACCCCCCCAACAGCCCUGCUCCCCAUCCCUUCUCUACCACUCCCUCUCUCUGUCCCAUAGACCCCCCCCCCAACAGCUCUGCUCCCCAUCCCUUCUCUACCACUCCCUCUCUCUGUCCCAUAGACCCCCCCAACAGCUCUGCUCCCCAUCCCUUCUCUAUCACUCCCUCUCUCUGUCCCAUAGACCCCCAACAGCCCUGCUCCCCAUCCCUUCUCUACCACUCCCUCUCUCUUUGUGCUGUGUCGGCUUGGUGUGUGCACGGCGCUUUGGAGUUGGUGUGUAAGAGAAUUAGAUUAAGUAGAUAGAGAUGGGCAGGGAUUGAGUGUGAUAAAAAUUUGAAUGUACAAAUCUGACAUUCCCUGUCACCUUUUGUAUCAUCACUCUUCACACACACAUUCCCUCCAGUGUUUGAUACAUGUACCUAUGUGUUUCAUGGUGGAUAUCCCCAUUCUUGCUUGUCUUGUCAAAUCUCAAAGUCUCAGACCUCCUGAUUUUAAAAACAGAGGCUAAAGAAAUACUGACCUCAGACCAGUUUGAUGGUAAAAUUGAUCUCGGACCAAUGUGUGCGAGGCGAAAAACGGACCUGAGCCCAGAUUCACAAAACACAUAUUGUGCAAAAACCUAAGACAAAUAAGCUCCUAAGUGCAAUUCCUCAACAAUCAUAUUUUCUUACGAACAUCUAAUAUCUUCUUGCCAUUAAAAAAAAUAAGGUGUCUAGCUAGCCAUGGCAAAUGUGUUAGCAUAUUCCUUACUGAAAAUACUGUUGUAAAACAUGUUCUUGGAUUUAAAAUAAUCAAUACUGAAGCUUUCAGAUGAAGGUUGAGUGGAAUUAAAUAUGUUCAAUUGGUUUCAUGAGCUUUUUCUCUCACUGCCCUGAGUUUAGCUAUAUCUUGGAAUUAAGGACAUUCUUUUCAACAAUCUAAUUUAUUAAUGUUUUUCUCAAGGCAAAACUUAAGAAAUAGUGCAAUUGUUUUCCCCAAUAACCUUUGAAGAAUAGCAACUUGAUUUCCUUCUUAAAUCUAUAGUUAAGGAAAAAAUGCCAGUUAAGAAUACAUUUAAGGUUUUGUGAAUCUGGAUCCUGAUAUGGAGGACACAACGUCAAUGUUUAGAUCAGAUGUCAUUGUCUAUUAAGUAGUGUUUGUUACAUUUCUAUCUGCACCAUUCAGAAUGUUUCACCUCACUGAACACACCCCAGAUCUGGGAUCAGUAUUUAGAGGCAGUAGUAGAGACCAGACAUACCCCCUCCCAAAAUUAAGGUCAAACUACAGCCUCCAAUAGACAUGAAUGUGACAUUCAUAUUGUGCAAUUAUUCCACAGAUCUACACACACACAAACUGAAUCAGGUAAAUGUGUUGUCAAGGAUACUCGUGCCAUCUUUCAUUUGUUAAUUCUGACUUUCGUUGUACCUUUACAAAGCUUUCUACACACAUCCCAUAAAUAAAUAAUAAUGUUUUGUA